GCUAUAUCCCCUUUAUAUAUACCUGGUAGUUAGGAUGCGUGUCGACACUGGACUGCUGGCACUAGGUGUGCUGGCCAGCCUGUGCUGUUGCCAGGCCUCGGAUUACUUCUCAUCCAUUACAGGACUGGAGCAGUUGCUGCACACGGAACAGAUUUUGUUGAGUGAUUUGAGCUCCCAGCUGGAUGCGGCUAAAACUGUUCUAGUACAGUUAGAAAGAGAGCUGUCGGCCAUAAAGCUGGAGCAUGCGCUGGCAGCCAAAGGCCUGGAGAAUUAUCUGACCAAUCCGGUGAAUGUCUAUCGGCUGAUGAAGCGCCUCCACACGGACUGGCCACAUGUGGACAGUCGAGUCCAGCAAUUGAGCGCUCAACUCCGCUUCAACAUUUCACAACACUAUGGCCUGAGCUUUCCCAGCCAGGAGGAUGUGGACGGCGCCGCACUAGCAUUAGUUCGCCUGCAGAGCACCUAUAAAUUGGAUGUAGCUCAAGUGGCUGCCGGCAUAUUGAAUGGCAUCAAAUACGGCACGGACAUGAGCUGGCAGGAUUGCUUUGUGUUGGGUCAACAACUCUUUGAAAUGGAGGACUACAACAACACGAAAGUGUGGCUGCGCGAGUCCAUGGAGCGAUUGCGGCGCCAUCAGCCCCGCCCCAGCACCCCAGAGCCCGCCCUGCUGAACAGCAUGGAAACGGUGGCACAGAGUUUAUUCCGUAUGGGCGACUUCGACACGGCAUACGAGCUCAGCCAGCGCGUCCUCGAGCUGGAUCCAUCGCGCAUACGAAACUGGCAUCUGGGUGAUAAGGCCGCCAACCUGCCGCACGACGGCGAUGAGGGGGCGCAUUCACGGCAAGCAGCCGGCUACAGACUCACCCAGGAGUUCGCCCACUACGAGAAGGUGUGCCGCGGCGAGGUCGGCCCCUCUGCCGCCCAGCAGCGACGGCUGCGCUGUCGCUAUGCACGUGGGCGGCACGCCUAUCGGCUGCUGGCGCCGCUCAAGCUGGAGGAGCACAGCCUCGACCCACUGGUGGUUAGCUACCACGACAUGCUCAGCCCCCAGCAAAUUGGCGAGCUGCGCGCCAUGGCGGUGCCGCACAUGCAACGCUCCACGGUUAAUCCGCUGCCCGGCGGGCAGCGCAUGAAGUCCGCGUUCCGCGUGAGCAAGAACGCAUGGCUGCCGUACAGCACGCACCCCAUGAUGGGGCGGAUGUUGCGCGACGUGGGCGACGCCACCGGCCUGGACAUGACCUACUGCGAGCAACUGCAGGUGGCCAAUUACGGCGUCGGCGGGCACUACGAGCCCCACUGGGAUUUCUUUCGUGAUUCGCGCCACUAUCCCGCCGCCGAGGGCAAUCGCAUCGCCACGGCCAUAUUUUAUCUGUCGGAUGUGGAGCAGGGUGGCGCCACGGCCUUUCCCUUUCUCAACUUUGCCGUGCGGCCGCAGCUAGGCAACAUUUUGUUUUGGUACAAUUUGCAUCGAUCCUCGGACAAGGACUAUCGCACCAAGCACGCCGGCUGUCCGGUCCUGAAGGGCAGCAAGUGGAUUGCCAACAUUUGGAUACACGAGGCUACACAGACCUUUGCUCGGCCCUGUGAUGUAUUUCGGGAUAAUGAAGUUUCCAUGGGCUAUGAUAUAAUUAAAUAAACUUGUU